UUCUGCCGGCUGCUUCCAGCCACGGCCACGCAGCAGUUCACAGCCCUCAACCCACCCCCCGCUCAGACACUGAAACAUCGCUCACGGCCGCCCGGGACGCCGGAAAAAAAAAAAAAAGAGGUUUUAAGGAAGGGAAGGGGAAACGCGCCGGGCUCUGCACGCGGCUGCGGGGACGGAGCCGUCAGGGCAGCGACGCUGCGCGGCGUGGGCCGAGGAUCCUCUCCUGGGUAGCACCUCCCUCCCCAUCCCCGUGACGGUUUCAACUUUUACAGUCUCCCGGGAGACAGUUAAGCAAGUUUCUGGUGUUUUCCGGUGCUGAAGGGCCCUGGGAGCCGAAGAUGCACGGAGAAGCCUCCCAGGGGUGGAGGCGGAGACGGGAGCAGCGGCACUGCCGGGGCCAUCAGUGGUGCCACGCGGUGCCUGGCCAGGCAGCGAUGUGUCCAGGCAGGGUGUGAGGACCCCGAGCCGACGCCGUCACUCGGAGCUGCCGUCCCGACCGCGCGAUGCUGAGCCUCAAGUUACCCCGGCUGCUCAGCAUCAACCAAGUGCCUAAGGGCUACCAGGAGCAGGGCAUCCUCUGCGGGUACCGCCCCCCGCGGAGCUCGGCGGCCGACUGCCUCCUCAGCGUCUUCCAGAUGACCAACGAAACGCUCAACAUCUGGACUCACUUCGUGCCCGCCUGGUACUUCGUGUGGACCCUGGUGGGGAGGCUGCGGGGGCCGGGGGGCCCGGAGGACCCCCACGCCUGGCCCCUCCUCGCCUACCUGCUGACCUGCUGCAUCUACCCCCUGGCCUCCAGCUGCGCCCACACCUUCAGCCCCAUGUCCACCCGCGCCCGGCACAUCUGCUACUUCUUCGAUUACGCAGCGCUCAGCAUGUACAGCUUGGGUUCUGCGCUGGCGUAUUCGGCGUACGUUUUCCCGGACGAGUGGGUCAGCAGCACCUUCCACCACUGCUACGUCCCCAUCGCCGUGUUCAACACCGUGGUGAGCACCAGCCUGUCCUGCUAUUCCAGGUUCCUGGAGGUGGAGCGGCCGCGGCUCAGCAAGGCGUCCCGCACGCUGGCCUUCGUGUACCCCUACCUCUUCGACAGCGUUCCCCUCUUCUACAGGUUCUACCUGUGCGCCGCGCGGAGCUGCGCCGAGCCCGCGGUCGCGCUGCACUACAAGCACACCGCCUUCGCCUUCCUCACCUGCUUCAUCUUCGCCACCCACCUGCCGGAGAGGCUCGCGCCAGGACACUUCGACUACAUCGGGCACAGCCACCAGGUUUUCCACGUGUGCGGGAUCCUGGGCACGCACUUCCAGAUGGAAGCCAUCGCGAUGGACAUGAGCGAGCGCCACGAGCGGCUGCUGGCCACCUCGCUGCUGCCCUCCGCCCUGCAGACCCUGGUGCCCAUGGGCACCUGCAUGGCCAUCAGCCUGGCCGUCAUCGGGCUCUGCUCCGCGUCCCUCCGCUUCAUGCCCGAGCCCGGGCACAAAGACAAGCCACACGGGCACUAGGCUUCGGGUCUAGGUGGCGUCCGUGCUGCUCCGCAGGGCAGAGCCUACACGGCACGUGGAUGGGAUGAACGAGGAGUUUAUCUGCAUACGCUCUACGAGAAAAUGUUUAUUCACGGUUUCUCGAGAGCGAAACAUAUUGCACUGGUUUCUGUACAUAGGGCUCUAAAGCUGGGAACAGAUUAUGCAAUGCUUUUAAUCAAGUUGGUCUUUCAGCACCAGAAAUAUUUUAAAUAAUCUUAACGUUUCCUGCAAAAGGGAGAUAAGUGCUAAUACUUUGCAAAGCAAUAGGCAUUCAUCGGUUCUGCCUUAUGGAGGACGUGGGGAGGCAAGGGCAGGGGGGAGCGCCGGGGGUACGAGUGUCCCUGCUGGUGGCUUGGUCCUGAAGCAGACCCCGACGGCAGGGAGGGGAACGCGCUGUGCGCCGCGUCCCGAGCGCUGAGCCCAGGACCCUCACCUUGCAGGUGCUGGCAUCCAGGAGGCUAAAACUCAGAUAUCCGAGUCCUUGCCCUAACCCCAAGUGCCUCCCCGAUGUGGGGCUGAGGGAGACCAGCGCGUGCCUACACUUUACAUUUUACUGAAGUAGCUAUUUUUGAUAUAUUAUCCGGAAAGCGUUAUCCUAAGGGA